AUGAAUGUUGAAGAUAAAAAACAAGAAAGAAGCAAGGCUAAAAUGGCGGUCACUGUCGCUGCGAGGCGUCUGAUCGGAGCCUACAACAGAGAUUGUGAAUAUGAUAUUUUAAAGGAUUCAAUGUUCGAACUUGAAAAGGUAUUUGAUGAUUUUUGCGUUAUAAAUGAGGAAUACGAACUUAUUGUAUCUGACGAAAAAUACGCUGAACACCGUGUAGUUAAUGGUGAAGACAUUAUGACUUACAGAGACAAUGUAAAAAGGUGCUAUGAAGAAGCUAGGAGUGUAUUUGUUAGUGUAAAGACAACAAUCGAACAAAAAGCUAGACAACAAAGUGCUGGGCCUGUCAAAGUUGCCCUAAAGAAUGACAUUUGUAGAAUUCAUGAACUAAUCACAGUCGUUGAUGAGAGUUUCAAACUGGAAAAUGUGAAUAUGGCAGCUUUACAACUAGAUAAGAAUGAUCUACAGUCAAUUUUGAACAUAAUAUGUGAUAACAUGGCAAAACUUGGCUCGAUUGAAACACAAGAGCAAGUUAACCUAAUUCAAGAAGAAGUCGAUGCUAUUAUCAGAGCAGUUUACAAUUGCAUCAGAAAGAUAAGCUUGUUUUUGCAUGAGCAACAAGAAUUUGUUAAAUCAUUACACAUUGAAACUGCCACUCUCCCCUCUGAAACCAACACCCCCCCUGAGAACAUCAACACCGUAUCCCCCCCGGAGAUCAACACCAACAUCCCCCCUGAGGACACUGAGACCAUCAACACCAUGUCUCCCCCGGAAAUCAACACCAACACCCCCCUGAGAACACUGAGACCAUCAACACCAUGUCUCCCCCAGGAAAUCAACACCAACACCCCCCUGAGAACACUGAGACCAUCAACACCAUGUCUCCCCCCGGAAAUCAACCCCAACACACCCCUGAGAACACUGAGACCAUCAACACCAUGUCUCCCCCCGGAAAUCAACACCAACACCCCCCUGAGACCAUCAACACCAACACCCCCCCGGAUAUCAACACCAACACCCCCCCUGAGGACACGGAUACCAUUAACACCAUGUCCCCCCCAGAAACCAACACCCCCCCUGAGACCAUCAGCACCACUUCCCCCUCGGUAA